AUGUCAGUGGGGCGCAAGAUCUUUCACUGUGUGGUGGAUGAGACCGCCUUAGCCGCCAAUAUCGGUGAUAUUAAAAAAUGGACUUCUCAGGGUGCUAUCACCCUGAUUGUACCGGUUUACACCCUAGAACGCCUUCGCUCCCUUAGAAAGGCUUCCUCCCAGAUCGGUGUUAACGCGCGCGAAUCCGUUCGUUUCCUCGAUCGUGUAACUUCCGGAAAACACAGUAUCCCUACCUCCAAGAUCGUUCUCCAGGGCCCUAUGGAGCAGUUUGAAACUUGGGAAGAGGUUGAGAAAUACAUUUUGCCAGAGUUCCAGGAGGAAAUGGUCAACACUUCAGCUCCUUCCGCCCCCACCCCCGCCCCCCUCUCGCCACCAUCUCCUAUGGAACAAAAACUUUCCGAGAAGGAUGUCGAAGUCGCGAAGCGCAUGAGUGAUCUCAACGAGAUGUCCCAGAUGCUCCUCAGCAAACUAAACUUCAAAAGAGACGCUGAUACGACCUAUGCAAACUCUACUGGAACUCUGAGCGUUCCUACCUCUUCAACGACCUGUAGCUCGCAUCCAAGUCCUGAAUACACAAGCCGCCAGUUGGAAGGGUCCCAAGGGAAUGAUAGUAGCUCAGCUGAUGAAGAGGAUGGAUCCGAGCCAGUCUUCGUUAAUCCUAUUGUUCCAAAGGAGAUUAAACCGCUCCUUAAUGCUAUCAUUUGGCGACUUCACGGCCAUCCCGAUGCCAAUACUGCAGCGUCUGGCUGCAUUCUCGUUACAAAUGAUCGCUCUACUCAAACAUGGGCCCAGAAGUUUGGCAUCACUGUCAAGAAUGUCCCGCAGCUUCGUACUUCUAUCAUAUAUGAGGAAAAGGAGUUCAAAAACCAUUGCAAAUAUCAGGAAAAGAACCCUAAUAAUGAUCCAAAGCCUCUAUUGUCAUACGAGGAUGAAAGUGAAGAAGACGUUCUCGUUUUCGUUCCUCGCGGCCAGAAAAAGCCCAGUUCCCCUGGAAACGAAGGGCGAAAAUCCAUUCACAGUUCUCCAGUUGCCCCUCGAAUUUCCAACAACCAUACCAAUGGUGUCGCUAGAGGAAAGGUUGCUUCACCCUCAGAACCACAUGUCGAAGUGCCCUCUGUCCCAAUCGACCCUGACUCGUUCAACCGUAACGUCGGCGUUGCUAAGCCACAGGGUGGCCCCAACACAAACAAUACUCAUCGCGGAUCCGCUGGGCAUCUCCAUCGACCAAAUGGAUCAGGUCGCCGUGGGGCUCCUCGUGGGGGUGGCAUGUUUCGAGGUACUGGCAGAGGCCGUGGAAGACUCUGGGUACCUUGA